AUGGAAAGUGCAGAAGAUUCCAGAUUGCCAUUAGAGAUCAAAACCAAACUAGCAGAGCUCGAAGUUGAACUUUCUGAAGGUGAUAUAACGGAAAAAGGAUACCAGAAAAAGAAACAGAAGCUUCUAGCUCCGUUUAUCAACGCUCCGAUCAACUCAACUAAUUCAUCUAAUAACUCACAUAUUCCUUAUGGUGGAGUUUUACUUCCUGGACUUAAUGAAACUCAUCAUUUAGGCCCACGUGGCCAGGCUGUUGGUUGUGGUGAUAAUGUUACAGAGUCUUUCAGAAAUGAGCCCCAAAAUAAUUCUCCUAUUAAUGCUCAAAAUCGCAGAUACAUUCGUGAAAAUCAUCGAUAUCGAUCGGAUAUCCGAGAGGAGGCAGUGAAGGAGGCUCUAGUACAAGCUCGGCAGGAACGUCAUGAUGCCUUGGCACCUAGUAAACGUCGUGAUCCCAGUCGUUUGUCCUGUAUACAUCAAACUCCUGAACGUGAUGCAACAUAUUCUGAUGAUUCGGAUGAAGAUUUGUCGUCAACAUCUGCACACAUUACGCGUUUAGGGAACAAUUUUAGUCAGUCAUCGGGAUUAUGUGAAAUUCCAAGUUCAAGUGUACCGACCAAUGGUGUUUCCGACAGAAAUCAACUCAGAACAUCAACUACUGCUAUUACUGGUCAGAUACGCAAACAACAAUCUCCUGCUAAUCGAUAUGAUGAAGUGCCUUCUUUGGAUGAAAUUCGAUCCUGUCAACCACCGAUUCGAUCUUCAAAUAGAAUAAAUCAAUCAGAUGUAAAUAGUCCAUGGACUUAUACAAACCAGCCUUCUAAUCAACAAAAUGGUAAUUUAGAUGGAGCAUUGAAUACCGCUGAUUCGUUUGAACAGUUAGCUGCUCUUGCUGAAGCUCAGUUAAAUUCUAAUAAUUUAGGGAUGUACGAUUAUUCUGAUCAAUCAGUUAAUACUGUUUUUCACCAAUCUCAAGUGAUUUCUACUGCUUAUCAACCCCAGUCUGGAAUCAAUUCAUGUCCAAUAUCCAUGACUCAGAAUGGUCAGCGAUCUCAUAUAUUUGGAAGUGUUAGUGUGCUCCCUAGUUUUGCUAGUGGUGUCAUAUCAAAUGGUAAUUCAGGACAUACAAACCAUGAAUUCGUUCCUUCAUCAUCAGCGUAUGACUUACAAGGUCAACAAGAACAGUAUUCUCAGUCAAACCAGCCAGUUUCACUAGCAUCUUCGUCAUCUGCUGAUCUUGAUAAUAGUAAUAGUAGGAAGUUCUCAUCACCAGUAACAGGAGAGUCAGUUGGACAAGAUCCUUCCUCUGAUACCAGUCAAACGACAGGCUUUGUAUGUCAUAAUCGUGUAUCAGAAAAAAUUCAAAAAUUAGUCAACACUUUGAAACGUCCCAAACGAUAUCCAUUACCCGAAUAUUUUCUUGAUGAUGAAGAUCAAGUACUUGUAAGACCUGUUGUUGAUCCUACGGCACCACGUCCCAGAGGUCUUCCGUCUGAGCCACUUAUAGGAGAAGAGCUAGUUAUACCUUCUGGUUUACCAAGAAAUCUAGAAUCUGCGCUUCAGCGUUACGCUAGCUUGAGUUGUAAAACACCUGCCUUAACUUGUUUAGACGUAUCUGGCAGACCAACUCAGGUGCUAACUUACGCAAAAUUGCUGCAACGUGCCAUCCGAAUAGCUUACACACUUUUGAAUAAAUUGGGUCAUCGUGGAGAACAGAGCUUAAAACCCGGAGACCGUGUCGCAUUGGUGUACGCUAAUAAUGAACCAAUCAGUUUUCUGUGUGCAUUUUAUGGUUGUAUUUUGGCUAGCGUGAUUCCAAUAGCAAUCGAAGUUCCAUCUCCUCGUCGAGAUGCGUCGUGUCAAAGUAUGGGAUUUUUAUUGGGUAGUCAGGAUGCACGUAUAGUUUUGGCUAGUGAGCAAUGUUAUAAAGCUUUACAACGUGGUCCUAACGGUGAGAUAUUAUCAUUUUCUGGUUGGCCACGUGUUACAUGGAUUAAUACAGACCAUCAUGCUAGUGGAACCAAACCACCGAAAGAUUGGACUCCUCCUGAUCGAUUAACCAAUGAUGCAACCAUGUACUUAGAAUAUACGUUUAGUAAAGAUGGCAGUGUACAUGGUGUAAUGAUAAGUCGACGUGCAGCCCUUUCUCACUGUCGAGCAUUAACUGUAGCUUGUAAUUAUUCUGAAGAGGAUGUUGUUGUCUGUGUUGUAGAUUGUCGUCGACAAAUCGGAUUAUGGCAUGCUGUUUUGACGAGCGUCUUCAAUGGGUUACAUGUAAUUUUUGUGCCUUAUUCAGUAAUGCAGAUUGAUCCUGGCUCUUGGUUACGUAUGGUUACCAAGUACCGAGCGACCGUUGCUAUUGUAAAAAGUCGUGAUAUGCAUUGGGCAUUAUUAGCUGAACGGGAUCAUCCCAAUGUAAAUUUAUCUUCAUUACGUAUGCUUCUAGUUGCAGAUGGAUCAAAUCCUUGGUCUUUAAACUCUUGUGAUUCUUUCACACAAAAAUUUCGAUCUCGAGGAUUUUGUCCUGAAGCUAUCUGUCCAUGCGCUGGAAGUUCAGAAACACUAACACUUUGUUUACGUCGUCCACCUCAUCAAAUGAAUUCAGUAAAUGGAAAAAUAUGCACAAAUCCUCGUUCUGAUUCAAUUGUAGUCUCUCCUCCUAGUUCAGUAAGAGGAGUUAUUUCGAUCCAUAGUCUUACUUAUGGUGUUGUGCGUGUUGAUACUGAAGAUUCCCUUACUUCACUUACUUUACAGGAUUGUGGACAGGUUCUGCCAGGAGCUUCAGCAGUUGUCAUACGUUUGGGUCCCAAACCGAUACUUUGUCAAACUGAUGAAGUUGGUGAAAUAUGCUUAUCUUCUGAUUGUACUGGUUCUGGAUAUUGGGGUCUUCGUGGCCAAACUGAUGCACAUUUUCAUGUGGAACCGAUACAUGAAGAUGGUUCUCCUGUAUGUUCUUCUGCUGGUGUUAAGAAGUAUACACGAUCUGGAUUAAUGGGGUUUCCUGGUCCAGCAUCAUCUGGUGGUUUAAUCUUUAUAUCUGGUUGCAUUGAUGGUUUAAUGACUAUUGCGAGUAGACGUCACAAUGCUGAUGAUAUUAUAGCAACGGUUCUCGCUGUUCAACCGACAAAAAUUAUCUAUAGAGGGAGGAUUGCUGUUUUCUCAGUAGAUUUAUUGAAAGAUGAACGUCUUGUUAUUGUAGCUGAACUAAGACAAGGUUAUUCAGAUGAAGCUGCUUUCACAUGGAUGUCUCUUGUACUGCAAGCUGUUGAUAGUAUUCAUCAAGUUAGUGUUUAUUGCUUAGCUUUGGUCCAUCAAAAUACAUUGCCGAAAACACCUUUUGGUGGGAUAAAUUGUCAUUCUGUGAAAAGACUUUUUUCUGAAGGUCAUUUGCAUCCUACAGCAUUGUUGCUUUGUCCGCAUUCUGCUAUACAAAAUCUACCCCAACCUCGACAACUCAGACCUAGUUUGGUUGGACCAUCUGCUAUGAUGGUCGGUCAAGUUGUUCAAGGAGUUAGGCUUGCAGAGGCACGUGGAAGACCUUUAGGAUCAUCUCCAUCUUCUAAUAUAACUUCUGGUUCACCUGAUAAUGAAUUUCAACUGUUAACUGAGAUACUUAUUCACAGAGCGAAUCACACUCCAGACGACAGAUUAUUUACUGUUUAUAAUACUAAAGGACAAGAAGUUUCGACGCUUACUUGUAGUCAACUUUUACGCCGUUCAGAAAGAUUAGCAGUUCAGUUAAAAGAAAAAGGUAAAGCUCAAGUGGGAACAAUUGUUGCGUUACUAUAUCCUCCAGGCACUGAGCUUGUUUGUGCAUUUUACGCUUGUCUUUUAAUUGGUGCCAUUCCUGUACCGGUACGCCCGCCUCGAAUAGAUUCUUCCGCUCCUGGUGGUGGUAGCUCUGUUAGUGCUACAAUUAGUUCUGGUCCCAUUGGGCUGCUAUCUGGACCACCUGGUUCAGGAUCAUCAUCCGGUAUAAGUUUAUUAGGUUUAGGAGGUGGUGGUGGUCAUAAUGGGAAUUCACCGGUUAGUGGUAGUGCUGGUCAAUUGUCUUCUGGUACUGGAAGCUUUCCCAAUGUAUACUUUCGGCCGAACACUCCUAGUUUAGACGCUUCAUUGGAUUUAAUUUGGAAUGUUGUAAAGCACUCAGGAGCAACAGUUAUUUUCACGCAAAAUAAUUUGAUUAAACUGUUGAAAUCUAAGGAGGCUACUAAUCGUAUUCCGUUUAAUCAUUGGCCAAUAAUACUUGACUCUGAAGAAUACAAUAGACGGAAAUCGAAUUUCACAAUACAAGCACCUUGUUUAGAUCAACCAAUAGCUUAUUUGGAUUUUGCUGCAUCAACAACAGGUACACUGACUGGAAUUCGUGUAACGCAUCAAGUCGUUUAUGCGUUAUGUCGAGCUCAAAAAAUUCAAUGUGAAUUUUAUCCAACUCGUGAAGUUGUAUUGAGUCUUGAUCCAUAUUCUGGUCUUGGAUUCACUUUAUGGACAUUAACAUCUGUUUACUGUGGACAUCAUUCAGUAUUGAUACCUCCAAGUGUUACAGAAAUAGUACCUGAUUUAUGGCUUACUAUAUGUAGUCAAAGAAAAGUUCGUGAUGCAUUUUGUUCACAUUACACUAUGGAAUUAGCUACACGUUACUUGACUAAACAAAUGUCUAUUUUAAAGCAACGUGAAAUAAGUUUAUCAAGUAUCCGAAGUCUAGUUGUUGUAGCUGAAGAACGUCCUCGGAUUCAUUUGACUUCCAUGUUCACUAAGUUGUUUUCUAGUCUGGGUUUAACAGGACGUGCUGUAAGCACUUCAUUCGGUUGUCGAGUUAAUUUAGCAAUUUCUUUACAGGGUGCUAGUUCACCGGAAAGCACAACUGUUUAUGUAGAUCGUGUCAGCUUACGAAAUGAUCGUGUUAAAUUACUAGAAAAAGGAUCACCACAUAGUAUGUGUCUUAUGGAAUCUGGAAAAUUAUUACCUGGUGUACAUGUAGUAAUAGCCAAUCCUGAUACACUAGGUCAGUGUGCUGAUUCACAAUUAGGCGAAAUAUGGGUAUCAUCUCCCCACAAUUCUACUGAACUAUUAGGUCCAUUCGACAGUGCUAGUUUAAAUCGUCCUACUGGUGUCGCUUCACAACCUGUACCAGGAAUAAAUGCUGGUGAUUCUUUACAUGCUCGUUUAGUUACUGGUGAUACUGAAAGAGUUUAUGCACGUACUGGAUUUUUAGGUUUUGUUCGACGGACCGAAUUAACUCAAUCUGAUGGAGAACUACAUGAUGCCAUAUUUGUCGUAGGCAGUUUAGAGGAAACCAUUUUACUACGUGGAAUGCGCUUUCAUCCAAUCGAUAUUGAGAAUACUGUGAUGCGUUCACACAAGAAAAUAUGUGAAUGUGCUGUAUUUAGUUGGUCGAAUUUAUUGGUUGUAGUCGCUGAACUAGCUGGUGAAGAGAACGAAGCAAUGGAUCUUGUUCAUCCAAUCACAGCACAUGUAUUAACUGAACAUCAAAUGAUUGUUGGUGUUGUUGUAAUAGUAGAUCCUAGAACAGUACCAAUUAAUCCAUCUGGUGAAAAACAACGAAUUCUAUUAAGAGAUAGUUUUGUUAAUGACAAACUGGAUCCAAUCUAUGUUUCGUACAAUAUAUAUGGUGUAAUCGACCAGCAUAUAAAUCACACUACUAAUGACAAUGAUAAUGAUCAUCAUGAUGAUGAUGAUUUAUUAUGGUUACAAUGGAAAAGUUUACAUCAUAAAAAUUAUUCUACUCAUAAAGAAUAUAAUGAACAUCGUGAAAAUUGGUUGUAUAAUUUACAUUCUAUGAAACAGCAUAAUCUAAUGUAUGAUAAAGGUUUAGUAUUAUAUACAAUAGGAUUAAAUCAAUUCUCUGAUUUAAAUUGGAGUCAUAUAAGUACAAUAUAUUUAACAAAUUUAAGUCAAUAUUUAAAUAAACAUAAACAAAAAAGUCAAAUGUUAUUGAAACAAUCUUUAAAUGAAACAAUAUUAAAGGAAAUACCAGAUUCAUGGGAUUGGAGAAAAGUAGGUGCUGUAAGUAAAGUUAAAAUACAGGGUAAAUGUGGUGCUUGUUGGGCGUUUUCAGCUGCUGGAGCAUUAGAGGGACAGUUAAAAAAUAGGACUGGUACUUUUGUUGAAUUAUCACCACAACAAUUAAUUGACUGUAGUCAUUCAUUUGGUAACCACGGCUGUUUAGGCGGUGAUAUGAAUAAUGCAUUUCGAUAUGUUGAAAAAGAUGGAAUACAAUCAGAAGAAAGUUAUCCUUAUUUGACAAAAGAAGGUAAAUGUCAACAUAUUAAAUCAUCAUCAUUAACCUACUCUAAAUCAAUUAUAGAGAUUAAACUCAAAGAUGAAGGACAGUUGAAAUAUGUUCUAUAUGAACAUGGACCAGUUUCAGCUGGCAUAAACGUAGAGCAACAAUUUAUGAGAUACAAGAACGGCAUAUAUCAAUCCCAGUCUUGUUCGUCUACAGAAGUUAAUCAUGCAGUUCUGAUUGUUGGAUAUGGAGAAGAAAACGGUGUACAAUACUGGAUUAUUAAAAAUAGUUGGGGGACAUCAUGGGGAGAAGAUGGUUAUGUAAGAAUACGUCGUAAUUAUAAUAACAUGUGUGGCGUAGCAACUAUGGCAAGUGUACCGAAGCUAUAG